AUGGUUGAUAAUGAUCGUUUCAUCAUUGAAACCUUGGAUCGGUGGUAUUUUGGCGUAGACAAUAGUGGCAACAUCUUGGAUACGAACAACAUUAAAGGCCUGUGGAACAAAAUUCGGUUUGGUCCGAAAUUAUCUGGAGUACAUCUGGUGACAGGUGAUGGCUCUGUUGAUGCGUCGAGCGAUCCGAACGAGCAAGAAUCAAUUGUUAGCGAACUUCAUUAUGCAGAAGCUGUAUGUGCUAUGGGUGCGCUAGCAAAGGGUGGUUCACUCGUUCUGAAGAUGUUCAAUUUAUUCGAAUGUGAAACUAUUUGUCUACUUUAUAUCCUUGCCCUUCACUUCAAGGAGUUGAGCAUCUUUAAACCAGCUUCAUCACGUGCUCCGAAUGCUGAAACGUACAUUGUUGCCAUUGGAUUUCGUGGUAUUGCUCCUGAAGUACUUAACUCUCUUCUUUCACUUGUGUCACCAACAUUUCCUCAUGGUAAAUCACUCUUAUCACGUGAGUCAAUUCCUCCAUCGUUUCUGAAAGCUGUGAUUGAAAUCGCUGAUUAUUUUACCAAUAAACAAAUACAGGCACUUGAAAGGAACCUUGACCUAGAACAAAAGUGGAAUAGAAAUGUCCAGCAAGCUGUAUGGCAGUUAAAUCAAGAUAUUGCGCGUGACUUUCGACGAGAAUGUUUGAUUGAUAAAAAUCCAAAAAUCCAACGUAUUGUAGCAGAUCCUAUACUUGACGGAUCGGCCAAAGCAUUAGGUAAUAGCGCAUCGCAAGCGAAAGGUGGAUUGCGUGCGCGAGCAGGUGGUACACUCGAAGAUCGGCAAGAUAGGAAACGUAAGCGAGAAGAGUUUUUAACGACUAGUGAUACUGGUGAUGGUGACAACAAAAAUGAAGAUGAUGAAGAAGGUCCAAAGAAAAAACGCAAUUUAGGACAUGGAAGCAGUAUCAUUGUUGGAAGAAAAGAAUCACUAAGAGCUUCGAUGAAUGAUACAAACGAGAUGGAAGUUGAAUUAUCGGACAUCCAACAACGCUCAGAAUCUGCUGCUACCUCAUGGGCUAAGAAAAUAUUGGAGAAAAGUGGUUUUGUUGAAGGUCAAGGUCUCGGUAGAGAUGGACAAGGCCGAACGACUCCUAUAGAGGCUGCCAUGGCACAAACUCAUCUUGGUUUCGGUCAUCAAGAUAGAUUAUCAAUGCAAUCAUCUUCUUUUUCUGCUCCACCUUCAGUUCCUGACGAACCAUUAUUCUUGGAAUCCGAUAAACCUAUUUCAGCUCAUCCGUCUGCUCUGGCUAAUCUUGUUUUACUACUCGAUCGUCAACCAAUUACUAGCAGUUCAAAUCUCCGUUCGGUUCUUUCAUCACUUUUCGUCAAAUUCGACGAUCUUGAACUAUUUUCACAGUCUCCAACAUUUCAAAAAUACCUGGCCGACACUGCACAGCGUCUGCUUCGAAGAGAAGUUCAAGCAUUAGAUAAACGUUUGUGGCAUAAAAGCCAUACAAAUUAUCAGAAGACGGAUCCCUUUGGAACAGAUGAUAUCAAGGAAAAAGCAUUUGAAUUGAUAUUUAUUCCACGUCACCCAAUACAGAAACCUGUCGAACCGGAUUCAGGCAUCACUUUGCCAGAAGGUUGGUCUAAAGAAUGGAGUCGAAGCAACGAACAAUUCUACUAUUUCAACCAAAAUACAGGCGAAUCACGUUGGGAACCGCCGAAACAUAACUAA